AUGAGGGCAAAGUGGCCGUUGUUGGCUGCAGGCUCAACAAAUAGAGGGUAAUUGAGGUGAAUGGGAGGGGACUGGUGACAGCCCCCACGUGGCCAGGAGCCCUCACCCGAAAGGAGACAAAAGGGCCAGCCCCGCGGGCUCUGGACACUGGUCAGAGGUGCUGCUGGUUACCGCUCAGCCGCUGCUGCCCCACCAUGAGCCUCCUGCUGCUGGCCACAGGGCUGACCCUGCUCGGCAGCCCCCAGGCCCUGCACCAGGGGCCACAGGACUCCAACUUCAAUGAGACUCUGGUCAGCGGAGACUGGUUCUCAGCAGCACUGGCCUCCAACAGACUGAGACUCCUGCAGGAGGGUGCGGACGCACAGCUUUUCAUCCACAGCAUCCAGGUGACCCCCGGGGCCCUGCAGCUCCACCUGCACAGGAAGGUAAAUGGUACAUGUGUCCCAGUCAUGAUGGUGGCAAAUAAAACGAAGAGGAAAUUUCAGUACCUGAUGGAAUAUGGUGGCCAGAAAAGGAUCUUCCUGGAGGAAGUGGACCCCAAGAGCUAUGUCAUAUUCUGCACCCACCACAAAGAACACGGGAAGGAAACGGUGCUGGUGAACCUCUUCAGUAAGUGCCGGAGACCCCGCCCGCCCGGACACCACCCACACCCACCUGACAGGGCAGGGCAAGCCCCACGCCAGGGACACCCAGCCCGCUGCGGGUCCCCAGGGAAGACCCUGGGCCACAGCCAGCAGGACCCAGGAGGCACCCUGGGCACUGGAGGCCAUUUGGGAGCAGAAGAGCUCUAAACACGGGAUAAACACACAGGAUAUACGUGCACCGGCAACCAGCAGCUCAGUAAAGCCCCUGGACCGUCCCCUCUUCCUAAGUGUCAAAAAUACACAGCAUUAGGGGAAGUUUUGCGGAAGACAUGUUUGCACCAACUCCCACAUAAAAGCAAAGGUUUCUCCGUCCCUGGCGGUCCCGCUGGCGGCUGCAUGUGGCCAAGGAUUCACGAAGCCGGCGUCUGGGAUGCCC